CACACACACACACACACACACACUGCCUGGCCAAAAAAAGGUCACACACUCUAAUAUUUCGUUGGACCGCCUUUAGUUUUGAUUACGGCAUGCGUUUGUUGUGGUGUCAUUUCAACAAGCUUCUGUAAUGUCGCAACAUUUAUUUCUGUCCAGAGUUGCAUUAAUUUUUCCCCAAGAUCUGGUAUUGAUGAUGGGAGAUUUGGACCACUGCGCAAAGUCAGUCCCAAAGAUUUUCAAUGAGGUUCAGGUCUGGACUCUGUGGUGGCAAAUCCAUGUGUGAAAAUGAUGUCUCAUGCUCCCUGAACCACUCUUUCACAAUUUGAGCCCGAUGAAUCCUGGCAUGGUCAUCUUGGAAUAUGCCCGUGCCAUCAGGGAAGAAAAAAUCCAUUGAUGGAAUAACCUGGUCAUUCAUUAUAUUCAGGUAGUCAGCUGACCUCAUUCUUUGGGCACAUAACGUUGCUGAACCUAGACCUGACCAACUGCAGCAACCCCAGAUCAUAGCACUGCCCCCUCAGGCUUGUACGGUAGGCACUAGGCAUGAUGGGUGCAUCACUUCAGCUGCCUCUCUUCUUAUCCUGAUGCGCCCAUCACUCUGGAACAGGGUAAAUCUGGACUCAUAAGGCCACAUGACCUCCUUCCAUUGCCCCAGAGUCCAAUCUUUAUGCUCCCUAGCAAAUUGAAGCCGUUUUUGCCGGUUAGCCUCACUGAUAAGUGGUUUUCUUAAGGCUACACAGCUGUUUAGUCCCAGGGUUUAGGGUUGUGGACCAUUCUCCUGACCAUUCUCAGGACAGCAGUGACACUGUCCUGGUAGCAUGUGUGACACUGAUAGCUAAUUUGUUGAUGCACAGAUUUAGCCAUACUGUACCCUAGAUUUUCCAGAUUAGGGGGUCUUGGUGUGAUGGGGGCGGGGAAACCCUUUAGGCACCCUGGCUCUAAAUUCUGGUCAACGGUGGUCCUGUGAUAGCCCCUUCCAUUGAUGAAUGGGGUAGAGGAGGGCUGAUAACUUUUGCAUAAACAGAUUGGCUUCUGCCUCCAAUCAUAAACCUACAAAGUGCAUUUUAAAGGUAGGUGUUUCUGAUAAAAUGGCUUAUGAAUGGAUGUACAAGGUAGGGGUCUUUAGGAAAUUGUCCACCGUAUGUUCUGUGGAUAGCUUGCAGUUGAAUGAUGCUGAUGCUGACUUCAUCCCAGAAGAUCUUACAGAAUCAACCAAGGAAAAGCAUAUGCAUCCAUCAGUUUGCGCAGAUCUACUGUCAGAAGAUGGGCAUUCGCUCUGAAGUUUUACAGAAGACCCUGUGGGGGGAUUUCUACCUUAAUGCCAAAGCCAAGAAGAUCAUGAAAGGAGCACAGUCAAAAGGAAAGAAGCCUCUGUUUGUCCAGCUGGUCCUGGAUAAUAUCUGGAGUUUAUAUGAUGCUGUGGUCACUAGAAGAGACAAAGAAAAAGUGGAGAAGAUGGUGGCGUCUUUGGGCUUAAAAGUGAUGGCACGUGACCUACGACACUCGGACCCCAAAGUGCUCCUGAGCGCCAUCUGCAGCCAGUGGCUGCCAGUCUCGCAAGCAGUGCUGUCGAUGGUGUGCGAGAAACUGCCAUCUCCAUCUGAAAUCAGUGCUGAGAGGGUGGAGAGGCUGAUGAGUGUCGGCACACGCAGGUUCGACUCACUGCCUGAUAAAACACAACAACUCAAACAAGCGUUCUUGGAGUGCGCGAGUGAAGAAACAGCUCCAGUCAUAGUAUUUGUGUCAAAGAUGUUCGCUGUGGACUCCAAGGCCCUCCCUCAGAACAGACAGAGGCCUUUGACUCAGGAGGAGAUCGCCCAGCGCCGGGAGAUGGCCAGACAGAGACAUGCAGAGAAACAAGCGGCCAGUCAGAGCGCAGAAAACCCUGAGUCAGCCAACGCUGGGGGCGCUCAGACUGUGACUUCAGCCAACAGCACCAACACAGAUACUGAUGCACUGUGUGCACAAACAGAAGCUCUGACGGUGAAGCCCACAGCAGAAGAGGAGGAGAAGGAGCACUUCAUAGCGUUCGCACGCAUCUACAGUGGCGUAGUCCGCAGGGGCCAAAGAGUAUUUGUGCUUGGACCCAAAUACGACCCUGCGCUUGCCCUCAGAACGCUGCCUGACGGAUGUUCUGCGGCCGACCCUUUGCCCUCCGUGCCCCAUUUGGCCUGCUGCACGCUGGAGCAUCUGUACCUGCUGAUGGGUCGUGAGCUGGAGGAGCUUGAGGAGGUUCCUGUGGGAAAUGUUCUAGGAAUUGGAGGAAUGGAAGAGUUUAUCCUGAAAUCAGCCACCGUCUCUACGUCCCCGGCCUGCUCCCCCUUCACUCCACUCAACUUCGAGGCCACGCCCAUCGUCCGGGUCGCCAUCGAACCCAAACAUCCCAGUGAGAUGCCGAAGCUGGUGCGGGGGAUGCGGCUGCUGAACCAGGCUGACCCGUGUGCAGAGGUUCUGAUCCAGGAGACUGGAGAGCAUGUGCUGGUGACGGCGGGAGAAGUUCACCUGCAGCGCUGUCUGGAUGACCUCAGAGAGAGAUUUGCCAAAAUCGAGAUCAGCGCCUCCAAGCCUAUCAUUCCAUUCCGUGAGACAGUCAUCCGACCACCCAAAGUGGACAUGGUGAAUGAGGAACUGGGCCGGCAGCAGAAGGUGGCAGUUAUCCACCAGGCCAAAGAUGAGCAGUCAAAGUACCCUGAGGGAGUCCAGGUGGAUUCUACUGGCCUGGUCACCCUCACAACUCCAAACAAAAUGGCCACAGUUGGAAUUCGGGCCAUUCCGCUUCCAGAGGAAGUGACCAGGCUGCUGGAGGGGAACUCUGAGCUGAUCCGGACGAUGGAGCAGUUCAGUCUGUUUGCUCGAGAAGGAAAGACCCUGGAGAUCAGCCAGAAGACGCUGGAGGAGAUCCAGGGCUUCAGGUCUAAGCUAGAGGGUCUCCUGCAGGGUCGCAAGUGGAGGAACGCCGUGGAGCGGAUUUGGGCUUUCGGGCCGCGCCGCUGUGGGCCAAAUAUUCUCCUGAACAAUGUGGAAGGAUACAAGAGGCCAUCAGUGUGGCAGUGCUUGGAGCGAGAGAAGGAGAAAUCAGAGGCCGUCAUGCUUCGAGACUUUGACAACAGCAUCGUUAGUGGUUUCCAGCUAGCUACGCUUUCUGGCCCGAUGUGCGAGGAGCCUCUGAUGGGCGUCUGCUUCUCAGUGGAGAGCUGGGAGAUUAAGUUUUCCUCUCAAUUAACCCAACAGGACUCUGUGGAGGAGGACUCUGUUUCCCAGCAGGCUUUGGAGGCAGACAACAGUGCGAGUGCCCCAGCAAGUGGAGAAUCUGAACUUGGAGGAGCGAAUGCAGUAGAAGACACUCCGUCAUCUGGAAGCAGUCAGAGCAGACGGAAAGGAGACACAACUGACUGCUAUGGACCGUUCUCUGGUCAGCUCAUCGCAGCCAUGAAGGAAGCCUGCAGAUAUGCCUUCCAGGCCAAACCACAGCGGCUGAUGGCUGCCAUGUACACCUGCGAGAUAAUGGCCACUGCUGAUGUCUUAGGUCGUGUGUAUGGCGUUCUCUCUAAACGCGAGGGCCGUGUUCUGAAUGAAGAGAUGAAGGAGGGAACGGACAUGUUCAUCAUCCGAGCCGUGCUGCCUGUAGCCGAAAGCUUUGGGUUCGCAGAUGAGAUGAGGAAGAGGACAAGCGGCCUGGCCAGUCCACAGCUGGUCUUCAGCCACUGGGAGGUAAUCUCCAGCGAUCCAUUCUGGGUCCCCACCACAGAAGAAGAGUAUCUGCACUUCGGAGAAAAGGCCGAUUCAGCCAAUCAGGCGCUGAAGUACAUGAAUGCUGUUCGGAAGCGCAAAGGACUCUACGUGGAGGAGAAGAUUGUGGAACAUGCAGAGAAACAGCGAACUCUUAGCAAGAACAAAUAAACUGCGUACUCGUUCAUCCACUCAUUCUUUCAUUCCUCUCCUCUAGAGUGUGUCCAUAGACACUCAUUUCAGUCCAACUUCACUCUGAGUUCCAGAUAAUUAUCUGCUAAAUACAAAGGCACAUUUAGUGAUACACAAAAUGAAAAUUCUUGGCCAAAACUGAGAUUUAAGAUGCACUGAGCCAAAAAAACAAAACCAAAAGAAAGGUUUUUUAAGUUGGCUUUAUUAAUUAUUCUGUACGGGUUGCAGUUUUCAAGCUAGAACCAUGAAACUUUGCCAGAUCAUAGAGCCUUUACAGGAACAGAGGGCUUUUGGUUUCGAUGACGUGGGGAUUUCAUACAAUAUUUGUUGAAGGAAAGGAAGGCCAAAAUUCAAAUUUUACUACCACAAAUAACGUCACAAAGGACUCUCGCACUGACCCAAACAGACAUUACAUACUUACUGGCACCCAUAUAUACAUACGCACCCAAUACAUUUUAGCAGCUACCUGGGAAACCAUAGCAAUGGCCUAGCAACACCCUAGCAACCACCUGGAAUACCAUAGCAGUGGCCUAGCAACACCCUAGCAACCGCCUGG